UGGGCUGGAGCCAGAAGCAUCUCUGGCGCUCCAAGACGGGUUUUCCCUGAAGCCACUUUGUUCUCCUGGUUGUCCCCAGGUGAACCUUCCUUCACAUGAUCCAGCUGUGAAAGCACCACUGCUGCUGCUGCUGAGCACGGAAAGAGAAAGACGGCGCCAGCAGUUGGCCAAGCCUCGCGCGGUGGGCGGUGGCCCGCCGGAGGCUGGACAGGAGCGGCCCUGGAGGACCCCUGAGUGCCACCUGCUGAGUCACGUGACGCCAGAGCCCGAGAGCCCGUGGCCAUGUUCGAGGCCUUCAGCAUCGAAAUAUGUUUGGAAUUCAGCACUCUGGACAUUUCCAGUCUCUCGAGCUCCGAUCAUCCAGGCGGUGGUGGAACACACACACACACACGGUGACUCACUGCUGUGGAUCAUCGAACACAAUCUGAGGUCACAACUUUGGACCGGAACAACUGAGCUCCGACAUGGACCCGAGACUGAGGAGGGGAGCCUCGCUCACAGAGAGGACCAUCAGAGCUCUGAGCUUCUCAGUGGUCAGCAACAUCCGGACUCUGCACGGCAGCGGCUAGAGGAGAAGUUCCUCAGCUAUGUGAGCAGAGUCUGGAGGCUCCUGAGUCCAGGUGAGCCAGAACCUCCAGAGACUGAGGAAGAGGAGCAGUGGAGGAGCAUCAGGGAAGAAUUCCUGAAGAUCACAGUUCACCUGCUGAGGAACAUGGAGGAGGAGGAUCUGGCCCAGCGUCUGUGGAGCAGAAGUCGUGCUGCUGACUGUGCAGGGCGACUGAAGAGGAGGCUGAAGGAGCAGUUCCACAGUGUGUCUGAGGGGGUCGCUAGAGCAGGAAACUCUGUCCCUCUGAAUCAGAUCUACACAGAGCUCUACAUCACUGAGGGGGGCACAGAGCAGGUCAACCAGGAGCACGAGGUCCGACAGAUCGAAGAAGCAACCAGGCAGCAGACCAGACCAGGAACUACCAUCAGCCCAGAAGACCUCUUUAAAGCCUCAGCUGACACAGAGCGACCAAUCAGGAGCCUGCUGACGAAGGGCGUGGCUGGCAUUGGGAAGACCCUCCUGACACAGAAGCUGACUCUGGACUGGGCUGAAGACAAAGCCCACCACAACUUCCAGCUGGUGUUUCCUUUCACCUUCAGAGAGCUGAACCUGCUGAAAGAGAAGCAGUUGAGUUUAAAGGAACUUGUUCAUCACUUCUUUCCUGAAGCCAAAGACUCAGGACUCAGCAGCUUUGAAGGAGUCCAGGUUCUGUUCAUCUUGGACGGUCUGGACGAGUGUCGACUCCCUCAGGACUUCAACAGUCAGGUCCUGACAGCAGCUACAGAGUCCACCUCAGUAGACGUCCUGCUGACCAACCUCAUCAGGGGGAACCUGCUUCCCUCAGCUCAGCUCUGGAUCACCACACGACCUGCAGCAGCCAAUCAGAUCCCUCCUACGCGUGUGGACAGGGUGACAGAGGUCAGAGGCUUCACUGACCUCCAGAAGGAGGAGUACUUCAGGAAGAGGUUCAGAGAUGAGGAGCAGAGCGCCAUCAUGUCUCACAUCAGGAGCUCACGAAGCCUCUACAUCAUGUGUCACAUCCCCAUCUUCUGCUGGAUCACUGCCACAGUUCUGGAGGACAUGUUGAAGAGCAGAGAGACCAGAGAGCUGCCCAAGACCCUGACUGAGAUGUACAUCCACUUCCUGGUGGUUCAGGCCAAAGUCAAGAAGCUCAAGUACCAUGGAGGAGCUGGGACCGACGAGGUUUGGACUCCUGAGAGCAGGAAGAUGAUGGAGUCUCUGGGAAAACUGGCUUUUGAGCAGCUGCAGAGAGGAAACUUGAUCUUCUAUGAAUCAGACCUCACAGAGUGUGGCAUCGACAUCACAGCUGCUGCACUUUACUCAGGAGUCUUCACACAGAUCUUCAGAGAGGAGAGAGGACUGUACCAGGACAAGGUCUUCUGCUUCGUCCACCUGAGUCUUCAGGAGUUUCUGGCUGCUCUUCAUGUCCACCUGAAGUUCUUCAACUCUGGAGUCAAUCUAGGUUCAUUGCUAACAUCAACACUAUCAAGAAUCUUCAGAAAGAACUUCCAUCCAGAACACUUCUACCAGAAAGCAAUAAAUGAAGCUGUAGAAAGUCCAAAUGGACAUCUGGACUUGUUCCUGCGCUUCCUCCUGGGUCUUUCUCUGCAGACCAACCAGAGGCUCCUUACAGGUUUGUUGACCCAGACAGGAAGUGGCUCCCAUCAGGACACAGCAGAGUUCAUCAGGAAGAAGAUCAGUGAGAAAGUGUCUCCAGAGAGAAUCAUCAAUCUGUUCCACUGUCUGAGUGAACUGAAGGUCACUUCUCUGGUGGAGGAGGUGAAUCAGCUGCUGAGAUCAGGAGCUCUCUCCACAGCUCAGCUGUCUCCUGCUCAGUGGUCCAGCCUGGCCUUCAUCUUACUGUCCUCAGAGGAAGAUCUGGACGUGUUUGACCUGGAGAACUGCUCUGUUUUAGAGAAGGUUCUUGAGAGGCUGCUGCCGGGGCUCCAAGCCUCAAAAGAAGUUCAACUGAGUUGGUGGAGCCUGUCAGUGAGAAGUGGUUCCCUUCUGUCCUCAGUCCUCAGCUCUCCGUCCUCUAGUCUGACACAACUGGACCUGAGCUACAACAAGCUGAAGGAUGCAGGAGUGGAGCUGCUGUCUGCUGGACUGAAGAGUCCACACUGUCACCUGGAGACUCUCAGCCUGAGCAGCUGUGGACUGUCAGAGAGAAGUGGUUCCCUUCUGUCCUCAGUCCUCAGCUCUCCGUCCUCUAGUCUGACACAACUGGACCUGAGUGAGAACAGGGGCCUGAAGGAUGCAGGAGUGGAGCUGCUGUCUGCUGGACUGAAGAGUCCACACUGUCACCUGGAGACUCUCAGCCUGAGCAACUGUAAACUGUCAGAGAGAAGUGGUUCCCUUCUGUCCUCAGUCCUCAGCUCUCCGUCCUCUAGUCUGACACAACUGCACCUGAGCUACAACAUGGACCUGAAGGAUGCAGGAGUGGAGCUGCUGUCUGCUGGACUGAAGAGUCCACACUGUCACCUGGAGACUCUCAGUCUGGUACAGUGUAGGAUCUCAGAGAGAGGCUGUGCUUCUCUGGCCUCAGCUCUGACCUCUAACCCCUCCCACCUGAGAGAGCUGGACCUGAGGAACAACCAUCCAGGAGGAGCAGGACUGGAGCAGCUGUCUGCUGGACUGGAGAGUCCAGACUGGAGGCUGGAGACUCUCAGGCUGGAACACUGUGGACCACGGUGGUUAGAGAUCUGACCUGAAGAAGUGUGAACUGACUCCGAGUCUCAGCAGCCGCUGCCGUCAUCAUGGAGAGUUUCCAGCUCUUCUGAGGCAGAGUCUCAGUGGAGAGCAGCACAGAGAAAGAGUCCUCAACAGCAGUCAGAGAAGAAGCCUCCACCCUCACAGAAGCUCUUCAUCUGUGGAGACGCUUCUGUCUUCAACACCCCAAACAGCUCAGAUGUCCAGCUUUUGCUCUUGUUUUCCAUGACUCCUUCAUGCCACUUCCUCUCUGAAGCCUUCAGCCGUGUCCAUGACUUGAACCCUGAUAUGAGCCCUUUGAUGUGGACACUUGAGGAGCCUGUGUUUUGGACACGUGGACUUUGUUCAUCACAUGUCACUGGCUGAAAUGAUCUUCCUCUGAAUGCAAACGGACAGAUGCUCAUGACUCAGUCGGAACAGGGCUGUUUGACUCACCAUGUGAUCUUCUUCUUCUCACCAAGGUAGUUCCAAACACAAGACCAUGUACCUGAACAAUGUCUUUUAGAAGUCAGCAGUGACUCAGUGAGAAGCUACGGAGAAAUGGUGUGAUGAGGUCACCAGCUGAGACCUCCAACCACGGCCUCCUGAUCUGGUGUGGGAAGAUCAACCUGCCAUUUGAUGUCUGCAGGUCUUUCAACAAGCUCUGUCACGGCUCACUUUGCCUCGUUUUGGACUCAACUCUUCCACAGUGAAAGAACCUGUUUUGGAUUUGCUGCACUGCAGGUAGAGAUGGAGGAACCUGCUUUAAAGUUGGAGGAAUAUACACCUCUAAUGUAUCAUCCGUUUGCUCGCGAGAGUGUGGACCAGAAACCCAGCAGUUCAAAUGAGAAAGAAAGUCUUCCCUGCCAGAGGAGUCUAGUGACCCUGCCAGAGCUCUGGCUCCACAGCCUCAGCUCCAGUGGUGGAGACUGAGACCAAGACUCAUCAUCUCUGGCUCUGACUCUUUCAUGACACACUUCACUUCAUCUUGGGCUGCAGUCUCCCCUCAGGGCUCCUGGGCUCUGGGGCUCCCCGUUGCCAUGGCGCCACAUCCCUGAUCCGGUGUGGACUCCCUUUGGUUCGGAGCGACGUAGAUGAAUCCUCAUUUCCUGGCCUUUCCUGGGUGAGGAGCUGUGAGCAGAUGAUGCGCUCCUCUCCUCUGAUUGGCUGGCUCCAUCACUCCUCCUCCUCCUCCUCACCCAUCAGUGUCCCAGAGGUUCCUGAGCUUCCUCCAUCCUUCACUUGCUCCCCACAAAGUCAGGCUCCAGUGUGGAGCGGCUCUGGUUCUUCAGCUCUUGGUCCUGGUCCUCUUCCAUCCAGGCGUCUGUCCCACUCUGUCCUGAUCACACACACCCUCCUCUCCUGCUGGAGCACAGUCAGGUGACCUCAGCCAUGCUCUCUGCCACUGCUGUUGGACUCCGUCUCUCAGGAGACAAAGCAUGGUGAAGCAGUUUAUUCAGGAGCAGACGCCUGGAUGAACAUGAUCAUCAGUAACAUACAUAUCAGGAUUCCCACACUCUCCCCCUUUUGAUCUCUUCUCAGAGAGAUCAACAAAACAUCCAAGGUAUGAUGCACAUUUCCUCCCCAGAAUCGAGCAGAAGUUAAAAUGGUCUGAGCCGCCGCCGUGCUUGUAAAUACCCGCUGACCUUUGACCUCCGUCAUGAGGAGAGUUGUGCUCUUCAUCAGCUUCAGUAACCGUGACAUGCUUCUGAAACACUCUCUGUCUGUGCGACUCACUCUCUCACACACGCGCGCGAGCUCCAGGAAACUCUCCGUCCAGUCAACGUGGGGGGGGGUGUCACGUGACCAACCCCCAACUGGAGCGAGAGAAUGACCUCAUGAAAGCCAGACCCGCCUGUUGGACCAGAACCAGAACUAUGGAAGUCUUUCUCUGGAUAUCAAUUGAAUUUUUUACAGCAGCGUAAACACAGUUUGAAUUUUAAAUGGCAUCGAAUUUCAAGCACUGCUAUUGCUUCACCUGACAUUCAGUAUAAAAUAGGGGAUUCGAUUAAAAAGGAGAAUUGUGAUGAAUUCAUCUCAAUUAACCUCAGUUGAAUGGUAUCAGAAUAUUUGCCAGAAGAAGCCACAUGUUUCUGUGUGAAUGAAUGUGGUAUGAUGGAGCCACACAGACAUUUAGACAACAACAUAUUGUUGAUUCUGCCUCAGUUUGACAAUAAACCACCAUGGAGGCUCUGUUCAAGUCUCGAUCUCACCCGAGUUCAACUGAAGCUCUGUUCAAGUCUCGAUCUCACCCGAGUUCAACUGAAGCUCUGUUCAAGUCUUGAUCUCACCCGAGUUCAACUGAAGCUCUGUUCAAGUCUCGAUCUCUCCCGAGUUCAACUGAAGCUCUGUUCAAGUCUUGAUCUCACCCGAGUUCAACUGAAGCUCUGUUCAAGUCUUCAUCUCACCCGAGUUCAACUGAAGCUCUGUUCAAGUCUCGAUCUCUCCCGAGUUCAACUGAAGCUCUGUUCAAGUCUUGAUCUCACCCGAGUUCAACUGAAGCUCUUUUCAUGUCUUGGAAACAUCUGGAUCAGAAUGUCCAGUCCAUCCAGAGUGGUGGAAACCCUGGACAUUGUGGAGUGAAAAACCUCCCUGAACCAAAGCCAACAGCUGCUUUGGUUCAGGGAGGAUUCCUCCAUGUUUGUUGUUGUUGU